AUGCAGUUGCCCAACUCUUGGAUAUGUUUUUCUUCAUCCUCAACCGCUUUGAUCUUUUCCUUGCUGCUUGUCUUGUUUGGUGUUGCCCAAGCUGUCAUAAGGUUGCCACCCAAUAUAACAUUUCCAGCUGUCUUCGUGUUUGGGGAUUCAAUAGUCGACACGGGCAACAACAACAAUCUUAAAACAAUAGCCAAGGCCAACCAUCCUCCUUACGGGAAAGAUUUUAUGGGUGGAAAACCAACAGGAAGGUUUUCCAAUGGAAGGGUUACCGCAGACUUCAUUGCGGAGGAACUGGGAAUUAAAGAGCUCUUGCCAGCUUAUCUAGACCCAAGUCAGCUCGAUUUGUUUAAAGAAUACACAGCAAAGUUGAAGGGGCUUGUUGGAGGUGAGAGAACAAGCACAAUUCUUAACAACAGCGUAUUUUUAGUGGUAGCAGGAAGCAAUGACCUCGCAAAUACAUACUUCACUCUACGGAGAGAACAGUAUGAUGUCCCUUCGUAUGUUGAUCUUAUCGUCAGAUUGGCUUCAGACUUCGUGAAGGAGUUGUAUGGAUUGGGUGCACGAAGGAUCGCUGUUUUUGGCUCACCGCCUGGGGAUGCACCCCAGCGCGGCGAACUUUGUCAGGAGGGCCACAAAGGAACUGUGCAGAAGAUUUCAACCAGGCAGCAGAAUUGUUCAAUACACGGCUAUCAGAGAAGCUCAGCUCCCUUAACAGCAACUUCCCAGAUGCGAGGAUGGUCUAUAUUGAUGGAUACACCCUACCUCUCGAUAUCAUUCUCAAUCCUCAAAAAUAUGGAUUUGAGGUUGCGGAUAGAGGUGCUGUGGCACAGGGCUUAUAGAAGUGGUAAUUCUGUGGUAAUUAUAAUCAGUGUUGUAGCAAUGAUCAGAUCCGUGAAGUCUGCUAUGUGGACCUUGAAGAAUGCGGUGGAAGGAAGCUGGGAGUCAGGCAGUUGA